GUGUGUGUGUGUGUGUGUGUGUGUGCGUGCGCGCGCGCGCGCGCGCGUGUGUGUGAGCGCACGUGUGUCCGACCGUAUCGCUGCAGCUUGGCCAGCUCGGGUUCAUUCAUCACCGGAGGGCUGGAGACUGACCUCUUUUUUGCCACCUCUCCUUCCGAAACAUCAUCUGACCGCCACUUCUUACCCUGAGGACUCUAUGGGCAGCUGCUGGUCUGCUUAGAGCAGCUGGUUCCUCUUCACAGCACAGGAUGGAGAGCCCAAAACCAGAGGGGAUCAAUUUAACAUGCAACAUGUCCGGCAGCCACAGCUUCAUUUUUACCCUUAUCCCUAUCGUCUAUAGCUUCAACUUCGUCAUCGGCAUAGUGGGCAACAGCAUGGUGGUGGCCGUCAUCUACAGCUACAUGAAGCUGAAGACGGUGGCCAACAUCUUCGUCCUGAACCUGGCGCUCUCCGACCUCACGUUCCUGAUCACGCUGCCCAUGUGGGCCACUGUCACCGCGCUGCACUACCACUGGCCCUUCGGCAGCUUCCUGUGCAAGGCCAGCGCCGGGCUGACCACCUUCAACCUGUACACCAGCGUCUUCUUCCUCACCUCGCUGAGCAUCGACCGCUACCUAGCCAUCGUGCACCCGGUGCGCUCGCGGCCGCACCGCACGGUGGUGUGCGCGCGCAACACCUGCAUCUUCAUCUGGACCUUCGCCUUCCUGCUGAGCCUGCCCACGGUGCUGACGCGUAACGUCUUCCCCAUCAGCCACACCAACAUCACCGUGUGCGCCACGCUAGACAGCAAGGAGUACAAACCCACUCUGGUGGCUAUCAGCCUGAUAAAGAGCGUGCUGGGCUUCCUGGCGCCGCUCGCCAUCAUCCUCACCUGCUACUGCCUGAUCGGCCGCUCGCUGGUGGGCGCCCGCCGGCUCCAGUGGGGCCACUCCCACGACGAGGUGCUGUGGAUGCUGGCCGCCGUGGUGCUGGCCUUCUUCCUCUGCUGGACGCCGCACCAGGUGUUCCAUGUGAUGAACGCGCUGGCGCAGCUGCAGGUGAUCAGCAGCUGCCGGGCGCUGGAUGUCAUCGACACGGCCAUGCCUUUCACCAUCUGCGUGGCCUUCCUCAACAGCUGCAUGAACCCCAUCCUCUACGCCUUUGUGGGCAACAACUUCCGCCGGAACCUUCUGCGUCUGCUACGCUGUGAGCCGCCAGCCCAGCGUGCCGUCCAGUCGCACGCCAGCCUCACCACCAAGAUGAGCACGCUCUCCUACCGCGCCUCCGAGACGCUGUGCCUCGCCGCUGGCAAGGCGGGCGCCGUGCCCGAUGCCACGUGAGCCGGUCUCCGCGCCGACGCCCCUCCUUCACCCCCCUAACACCCCCACCCCCCACCCCCAGCGGCAAGGCAGGAGGGCGUGUCCUGCUGAAAAUGAUACGUCUGCUUUCAAGCCUCUUCAAGCUCUCCCUGGAGGAAUUUCAGGAAAACCUGGUUGGAUAUCAGAUAUUCUUUGGUCUCAAGGAGGGCUGUGAAAAGCACCAAAGUCUAUGAUUUCCUUUGAUUUUGUGACUUAUAGUCCACUAGCAUCUGCCAUGUGCCUUAACAUUUUACUUCCAUGUAUUUCAUUUUUGUUUACCUUCCAUAAACCUCAGUUAUAUUGGUAUAGCAAGAAUAAAUCAUGAUAUUUAUUGAUCUUUACUUGGUCUGUCAGAUGCUCUGUGCAGCACAGACUUAUUAAAAAUAAUAUAUUAAAUGUAAAGAUUUGAUGAUUUUUAUGAAAGAAAAUGAAAUUGAUAAAGCACUAAAAAUCUUUCAUUUGCUGCCUAAAAUUGGAUCAUCUUGAGGGAGCCCUAGACUUGAUCAAACAGCGAUGUGCUUUUUCCUAAGAUAAGUGUACUGAAAUGAAAAAUGUGUUUUUUUCCCACUUCAUACACUGAAAUUAUUUCAUUUAAUUCCAGCCCCUGCCAAAAUCAUGGUGUUUUGUAAGUAUUAAAAGUAGUCACAUAUGCUUGAAUUCAUCUUAUAUGUUAAGGACAUUGCAUGUUGCUGUUAGAUGAAAUUAAUGGUGGCUUCUUUCACAAACACUACAUCUUGAUUAGCCUCAUACCUAAACCAUUUGGUCUGCAGCAUGCAGUUUGUUGUAACACCAUAUCUGCCUUUGUGUGUUGUAGCUAUAUGUCUCCAACAUCACUAAGUUCCAAACUGAUAUAAAUCUCCUCCGCUUCAAGGUUUACAUUCAGGAGGCUUAAAACUACUUCAUUUUGCAUAUAACAGUAUAUACUUGGUAUUUCAGUACAAUUACAUUUGGUUAAUUAUAUGUUUGGGAUGUCAUUUUAGACUGAAUGUGGAAUUGAGCGAUAUACUUUCAUCCAUGCAUGCAGAUGCACAUGGAAUCACUAUUUUGCUGCAGAGAAAUCUCGUCAUGUGUUAUAUUACUCAUUUAGCAAAGCAUUAGAAUACCUUUUUUAAAAUGCAUUUUUUUUUUGUUU